GUCCAUUUUUGUUGACAAAAAAUAAUAAUAAUAAUAAAAAAAGAGAGACAUUGUUGUAAAAUUUUCUUUCUUUCUUCCGGUAUUACUGUGACGGCUUCAACAUGCCACCAAAGAAGGACUCGAAGAGCUCUUCAAAACAGCCUCAAAAAACUCAAAAGAAAAAAGAAGGAGGAGCUGGUGGCAAAGCCAAAAAGAAGAAGUGGUCAAAAGGAAAAACACGUGACAAGUUGAACAAUGCUGUUCUUUUUGACAAAGGUACAUAUGAAAAACUUUUGAAAGAAGUACCACAAUACAAAUUGAUAACACCAUCAAUUGUAAGUGAACGUUUGAAGAUUCGUGGUUCACUUGCAAGACGUGCACUUCAUGAACUCCAACAUAAAGGACUCAUCAAGCAAGUUGUACAACAUUCAGCACAACUUAUCUAUACACGUACAACCAAGGUUGAUGAUCCAGUUGCAUAAAUCAUUUUGUAUUUAAAAAAAUAAAUAUUAAAAAAUCCUAAAAAAAAAGUAAAAUAACUGUGUAUUUAUUUAUUCCAUUUAUUAUCUAUUAUUUAUCAAAUUGUUGACAUAUAAAUUGAUUAUAGUUGGCUCAUCAUGAUCAUCAGAUGAAAUUAAUUAUAAAAUUGAAAAUAGAAACAUUGCAUUGAUGUCAUUUUAAUUAUUUCAUUCGUUCAACUUUUAUAUUGUUUUAUUAAUGUGUUUUACUCCAAAUUAUUAAAUCUUUAUUUAUCCAAAAAAUUCAAAUAAAAAUUGUUUUUUUAAAUAA